CCAGAGCUGCGAGCUGAGACCUGCCAGCCUAUUUCGCUUUCGCUUUGAGUGCGGUGGGAGGAGGCGGGACGGUCCCAGAGCCCACGGAGGCCGGGCACUCCGAGAGUUAAUACGAAAGCGUCGCCAGCCCCGCAGGCCCGACCGCACGUGUCACUGAGAAGCUGAUGUAGAGAGAGAUAGAGAGAGAAAGCAAGAGGCCAUAGUCCUGGGAAAGUCCUGCCGGGCCUCAAGACAAUUAUAAAAAUGUGUCCUCCGGGGUCAGUAUCCCAACCGCCCACCUGCUGCGCCCACGGCUCGAGUCCAGCAGCCCACCCAGAGUCCAAGCAGCACCGGCCCAGCAUGAGUCCCUCACGCCGCCUUCUUUUGGUCACCCUUGUCCUGUUGAACCACCUCAGUUUGGCCAGGAACCUCCCCACACCAGUGUCCAGAUCAGCCCAGUGUUUUAACCACUCCCAAAAAUUGCUGAGGACUGUCAACCACAUGCUGGGGAAGGCCAGACAAAUUCUAAAACACUAUUCUUGCACUGCUGAAGAGAUUGAUCAUGAAGACAUCACAAAAGACAAGACCAGCACACUACAGGCCUGUUUACCACUGGAACUAGUCAAGAAUGAGAGUUGCCUGGCUUCCAGAGAGACUUCUUUUAAAACUACUGGUAGCUGUCUGGGCUCUGGGAAGACUUCUUUGAUGAUGACCCCGUGCCUUAGCAGUAUCUAUGAGGACUUGAAGAUGUACCAGAUGGAGUUCAAGGCCAUGAAUACAGAGCUUGUAAAGGAUAAUCCAAGGCAGAUCAUCCUGGAUGAGAACAUGCUAGCAGCUAUUGACGAGAUGAUGCGGGCUCUGAAUUUCAAUGAUGAGACUCUGCCUCAGAAUCCUGCCCUGGAAGAACUGGAUUCUUAUAAACUUAAAAUGAAGCUCUGUAUCCUGCUUCAUGCUUUCAGUAUCCGAACUGUGACUAUCAGUAGAGUGAUGAGCUAUCUGAAUUCCUCCUAAAAAGCUGAAGUCCCUCCCAACCUUAGUGCCACUUUCAUAAAAACAUGAACAACAACAACAACAAAAAACUUUAAUAAGAGGUGGGUUGAGAAUUGGGAAGAGGGGCCUUGAUCUGGUUGGACCUACGCUCCUCCAGGAAUCUUUAGCUCUUGUCCCACUCUCAUGCCCUGCUGGUAUGUGGCACAGCUGCCUUUGCACGACCCCUUUAAUCAUGACCUUCAUAUUUAAUAUGCAUAUGUUGCUCAUAACUUUUCAUGAACAAAUUGUUAAGGAGAGAAAAAGUCCUCCCAAAAUGUGCUCACAGAAGAGCAAGAAUAAGCUACUAUUUAUGUACCAAAGUGUUUAUGGAAACACUGGCUCGCCACUUAUUUAAAUAUAUUUAUUGAUAUAUUUUAUAUUCAUGAAAGUAUGUGAGCUAAUUUAUAUUUAUUUAUGUACUAUUUAUUAUAAUAUUUCUUAUCAAGUGGAUUUGAAACAUACCUUGUUGUGUUGUUCUAGUAAAGUGAUA